AAAGUCUGCCAUCUCAGUUUGUACUUCUGAGAGCUGUAAGCCCAUCUCCCAAGACAAUGGAUCCUUGGGGACUGACAACAGCUGCCCUCCUGUCUUGUCUUCUUUUCCUGAUCUUCUUCUCUCUAUGGAGCCAAGAAUUCAAAAGGGGGAAACUGCCACCAGGUCCAACUCCUCUUCCUUUAAUUGGUAACAUCCUGCAAUUAGAUUUCAAAAACAUCCCUGCAUCAUUGUCACAGAUGGCUGAAAAAUAUGGACCCAUCUAUACUAUUUAUAUUGGAACCGAGCGUGUUGUGGUUCUACAUGGAUACAGCAUUGUAAAGGAAGCUCUAAUUGAUCAAGGAGAUGCCUUUAGUGACAGAGGAAUUAUUCCAGUGGUUGAAGAUACAUUCAAAGGACGAGGAAUUAUUUUUGGUCAUGGAGAGAGCUGGAAACAACUUCGCAGAUUUUCCCUCAUGACCCUAAGGAACUUUGGGAUGGGGAAGAGAAGUAUUGAAGAGAGAGUUCAAGAAGAAGCCCAAUGCCUGGUGGAGGAGUUCAGGAAAAAAAAGGGUCAAGCCAUUGAUCCCACCUUCAUCCUUAGCUGCGCCCCAUGCAAUGUCAUAUGUUCUAUCCUCUUCUGUAAUCGAUUCAAGUACAAUGAUGAGAAAUUUCUACAUCUGAUGAAGUUGUUAAAAGAAAAUUUUCAGCUGCUUAACUCACCAUGGACACAGGUCUACAACCUUUUACCAGCAUUUAGAGUGUAUCUCCCUGGAAAGCAUAAAAGACAUACUAGAAAUGUGGAGGCAAUUAAAGAUUUCAUUUUGGAAAAAGUGAAGGAGCAUCAAAAGGCAUUGGAUCCCAAUAACCCUCAAGACUACAUUGACUGUUAUCUGUCCAAGAUGCAACAGGAGAAAGAUAAUCCCCAUUCUGAAUUUGACUUGGAGAAUCUGUUAGCAACUGGAACAAAUUUAUUUGUUGCAGGAACAGAGACAACCAGUAGCACUCUAACAUAUGGCCUGCUGCUCAUUCUGAAACAUCCUGAGAUCCAAGCAAAAAUUCAUGAAGAAAUCGAUCGUGUGAUUGGACAUAAUCGAGUUCCUUCCAUAAAGGACAGACAAGAUAUGCCCUAUAUGGAUGCUGUGGUACAUGAAGUACAGAGAUUUGUUGACCUUCUGCCUCUCAACCUGCCCCAUGCAGUGAGCCGGGACAUCCAAUUCCAACAGUAUUUUCUCCCAAAGGGCACAACAAUCUUCCCCAUGCUCUCCGCAGUCUUGAAUGACAGCAAAGAGUUUCCCAACCCUGACCAGUUUGACCCCCAGCAUUUCCUGGAUGUGAAUGGGAAAUUCAAGAAAAGUGACUACUUCUUGCCUUUUUCCACUGGAAAACGGUCUUGUCUUGGAGAGGGCCUGGCAAGGAUGGAGUUGUUUUUGUUCUUUACCACCAUUCUACAGAACUUCACCCUCAAAUCUGUUGAAGAUCCAAAUGAAUUUAGCAUCAGGACCGAUCGUGUUAGGUUCAGUUUUCCACCCUAUUACCAACUAUGUUUUCUUCCUCGCUAAGGAAGAAGACUAAGUCAAUUUGGAAAAUUAGCCAACUGGUUUCACCUUCUGUUUUUGACUAGAAUCCCCUUGAUGGAAAGGAAUAUUCACUUCUCAUGACUAAAAUGGGCCUGAAUUUGCAGAGACAAAACAGUCUAGCAGAGUACCUUGUAUGUCAUUAUGCAAUAGGGACUGGUUUGUCACUAUUCUGUGCACUCAUUACACUGGUAUCUCCAGGCAAGCUCCAAUUCACACGUUCAAUUUCAGUGUUAGUGUAUAGAGGAAGUUCCGCAAAAUAUCCCCCUAGUAAACUCAUAAUUGUUUGUACUUUCCUUUUCAAAUAUCAUUAAGGAUAAUCUUA